AUGCCCAACUCCAUAACCACCUAUGGCUUCACGGCCGUCCCCGCCUCAGCCACAACCCUCCUAAAAUCAACGCCCGCCUACCCAGCACCAACCAGCCAGCCAAGCCCAAUCCCCGUCACCUUGACCCCGAUCCCAAACACGCCUCUGGCACAGCGCAUCAACAGCUACGCCAAAGCGCGUCUCCCGGAGCCGACAUACAACCACUCGCUGCGUGUGUACCACUAUGGGCUCGCGAUCAAGCAGUACCGGUUCGCGGACCACGCGGACUGGCAAUUCUCCGAUGAGACGUACUUCCUUGCAUGCGUGCUGCAUGAUAUCGGGACUACGGAGGAGAACAUCACCGGCACGCAUAUGAGCUUUGAGUUCUUUGGGGGAUUCCUUGCUAUGGAUGUUCUCCAGAAAAAUCCCCAUUCUCCCGGCGGAGAUGGCCAGGACGGAGCUCCGGCUGGUGUGGCGUCGCGCGACCAGGCCGAAAGCGUGGUCGAGGCGAUUAUCCGUCACCAGGAUUUAUGCGAGGUCGGGAAGAUCACUGCGCUAGGCCAGCUCCUGCAGUUGGCCACUAUCUUUGACAACGCCGGCGCCUAUGCCGAUCUGGUCCACGGAGACACCAUCAAGGACGUCUGCGCCCAUUUCCCGCGUCACCACUGGAGCAACUGCUUUGCGGCGACGAUCCGGCGUGAGAAUGGCCUGAAGCCGUGGGCGCAUACCACGGCGUUGGGCGAGGAGGCUUUCCCGGCCAAGGUGUUGGGGAAUACGCUGAUGGAGCCGUACGAGUAG